AUGGCAGGCGACCAAGUAAGUGUAUUGGACAUGAUUGAUAGCAUGCGAAAGCGUCUGAAGAGGCGGAACAUGUUGCUCGAUGAUGUUCGCACGGCUUACUUGAAAGACGUCGUCGUCGUCAGAGAAUUACUGUCCCGCCAAAGCCCCGCAGGUGAUAAGAUGACAGCGUCACUAAACCUUCGGCCUACCCUAGCUCUGUAUGCACCGUCGGAGUGCACGUUUCGAAUUGCUCACGGGGAAGGACUAGAUCACUAUGGAGGGCAUCUGGAAGUGGUUCAUCACGAGUCGAAACGUGUUGUGGAAUUAUCGAAACGCAUUGAGGAACUUCUCGAGGCAGAGCAAGACUCGCGGUUCAAGGCUGCCAAACUCGACCUAAGAGCCCAGCAGGAUCGCUUGGCAUUAAUCAGUCAACGCGUAUCAAGUAGAGAUGAACGCGAGCAGCUCUGUAAUGAAGUACAAGUACUAAAGGACCGAUUGGGACGGGUUGAUGAAACUGCUCACGAGACUUUGCAACGAACAGUUUAUGGGUUGCAGCGACAGUUGGAGCAGGCUGAGGCCCGUAUCCGCGAGCUCCUCCCGCUUGUUGGUGACAGUGCGCGCAACCAGCAGGAUGCAGGACAGGCUGAGCUUCAGCUUGCUGGGAAAGACCACCGAAUUGCUGAUCUGGAAAAGCAACUUUCUACGUCCAAAUAUGAUUUGGGCUGCGAGCUCAAGCGCUACAGCGAUAUUGAGAUCAAAUACGAUGAUGAGUGCGCCAAGUCACGCCUCUUACAACGCCAGUGUGAUGAUAUAGAAACAGUGUUAACGACUACAAAAAAGCAAUGUGGCGCUAUCCAAGGCUCUUUGGAUGAAAGCAGACGAGCACAGGCUGAACUGCAACAAAAGCUUAGUGACUUGCGGGUAGAAUACACCGAAGCUGUUCAACGUGAGGAGGCCGAGCAGGAAGAACUCCAAUUGCAUCUUGAACAGGCGAGAACGCAAGAAAGAAAAGCAAGAGCUGAAACUGACGAAUUCAAUACCAAGCUAAUCAAUUCCGAGCUUGCACAGCAGGAAGCUUUGGCGAAGGCCUGUGCUGAUUUGGAAACUCAACUUGGAGCAAAACACAGCCAUACAGACAAACAGUUGCGGGAUGAAAUCAUGCGAUAUGAGGAAAAAUCCAGCAAGCUCGAAGCUAAGCUCAAAAUUGAGCAAGAGAAGCGUGCAUCUCUCGAGGUGGAGUUGCACAGUUCCCAGGUCGAGACUGAGGAGCACAAGUCAGCUGCAUCUUCGUCAAAAAAUGAGGUGAGUACUCAAGUGGCAGAAAUCUUAUCGUUGCUCCAAACCUGCCCACAAAACUUGGAUCCUGAGCCUGAACCCGACACGAGCGAGCUAGAAAUUGUGCGAAGCCGGGUGGCUAAUCUCUUGUCGAUUUUGAUAAAGACCACUGAAGAAAAGACCGCUUUGGAACUUCAUCUGCAACAGUACAAGACCAAAACCGGCGCAGUCACGAGUAGUGCUAAAUUGAUGUCGGUAAUCUCCACCAGAGAUUCCAGUGAUUCCGUAUCUCAAGAUCAGCUUGUCCAGAUGCUUCAAGAAAACGCAGAUGGCAUGUCCCAGCUGCAGACAGAACUGGACUAUAUCACCUCAGAAAAGGAGAGAGCCGAAGCGGAUUCAAAAUUGUUAGCUGAAGCUCUCAACAAAUCGCAAGCAGACCUUGACGCAUUGCAUAGUCAAAAUGUGCGCACUCGAGAGGCGCAGUCUGCUGCCCAAGCAUCUCUUCACGAGGAGCUUCUCGGCGAACUUGAACGAGCAAGAUCGUGUGCUUGGCCGGAGUCCGCGGUGCAAGCAGCAGAUGACCUAAAAUCUAAAGUUCGCAGCUUAGAAGAAAAGCUUGCAAGCCUUCAUCAGGAUGCACGUGCCUUUUUGCUAACCCGGAAGACGGGAACUGCAAGCGCCCCUGCACUUCAAGCGGACCACCUGGAGGGAGGGGCACGUGAAUUUUCAGGGGGGGGUUCUGGAAGCAACUUCGAAGAUGACGAAAGCAAGUCUCAACUCAAAUCAGCCACCUCACUACUUGGCGACUUACUCCAGCAGGUUCAUGCCUUCAAACCCAGCUCGGAAACCAGUACGAACGAAGAACAAGACCUGAAUAUCGAAGUUCCUGCACAGAGCGAUGUGGAUGAGUUUAAUGUGGUUUUUACAAACUUGGCGUCUCAAUUCACGUCAGCGCUGCAAGCUGUGUCAGUUGAGUUGCUCGAAGCACGCGCAGUUAUCUCCACUUUACCCGACGGAUUCUCGUACAAAGAAAUGGCAGAAAAACUUUCGGUUCUAGAGCAAGCGUCAAGGGAGACGGGUGAGGGUGAUCAAGGCAAAAGGAGUGGAAGAGAAGAGGAACUACAGAGGUUAAAACAACGCAACGCAUCUCAACAGAAUUUCAUCAUGGAACUGCAAGAGGAGGUAGCCACAAUGAAAGGUCUCAUGUUCGCAGCGGAUGAAAUCAAGCGGCAAUAUAGUGAGCUCGAAGACAAAUACCGACUCUUAGAAAAUGAGUUCACUGAAAAGGCAGAAAACGAAGUCAACUCACGGAAAGCGAAAGAGCGCAUCGAGUUGCAGCUAACACUAGCGCAUGCUGAUGUGGCUUCACUCUCACGCGACAAGGGGACCCUGACGGAUGCUCUCAAGGCAAACGAAGACGCGAUUACUAAAUUGGAGUCUAAACUUGCACACGCACUGAAAGUAUAUGAGGAUGUGGUGCAACGUGAACGCUCACGCCUGGAAACAAAUAGAGACAUCCAGACCCAGUUCAAUCCUACACUUCUGGAUAUUGCAAUUCAAACAUCCUUCAAAACCCCAGCCAUGACUCUAAGGCAAAUCAAUUCCUACUCUCAUGUGCCACACCGCAGGCGGGGCCCAGGACUUGUUACCCCAGCGCCAUCUAGCAAUGAAAUAUCAAUCCCUGAGCACUCCAUCGCGAAUAGUGGCGUCUUUCAAGACAAAGAGGGAGAUGCCCCUAACCAGGGUAACAUUGAACGCGACGCCCACACCGGGGGACUGAGGAGGCAGGGCGAGAUCACCGGGGCAUUCUCGACUAAGGUGCUUAGGGGACAUUAA